CGAAGGCAAUAACCAGUUAUAUAAUUGGUGUAUGAGUCGACAACCCCUGCAUGGGGGCGAAGAUCAAGCUGCUAAGUAGAUCCAGUCCGGCCACCACCGAGCUUGUUCAGGGCGGAGGCCGGAGUUGGGUCGCAACUCCGGAAUGAGGGCAACAACCCAGCAACACAUCAACUAUCCUACGUUAUUGAGCCCUGUCAUCUUAGUCACGGCUGUGUGGCCAUGAGUCUUCUUACAGGCUUGGUUCUUGAACACAGUGAACCUUUUUACUCUUUCUUUUUUUUCCUUCAUCAGUUUUCUCCCUCUUAAACACUGUCCCCGUGCACGUAUCCGCAAGCACGAACUAUGCUCGCGACGCAUAUCAGAGCUAGAGCUCUGGCAUCAAGCCGACGCGCUCAGUUCAACAGCAUACGCCUUCUGCCUACCUCGCGCCGUUAUAAGUCCGACGAUGGCCUCAACAGAAUCUCAUCGACAAUAACACAACCCAAAUCUCAGGGUGCCUCACAAGCAAUGCUGUAUGCGACCGGCCUAACAGAGGAGGAUAUGUCGAAGCCGCAGGUCGGUAUCUCCUCUGUAUGGUUCGAGGGUAACCCAUGCAACAUGCACCUGCACGACCUUUCUGGGAUCGUGCGCGAUUCUAUCCAUCGGGCGGGUCUGGUCCCUAUGCGAUUCAACUCCGUUGGAGUAUCUGAUGGGAUCAGUAUGGGCACAAAGGGAAUGCGAUACAGCUUGCAGAGUCGUGAGAUCAUCGCUGAUGGCAUUGAGACUGUAAUGAAUGCCCAGUGGUAUGAUGCGAACGUGUCGCUGCCGGGUUGCGAUAAGAAUAUGCCUGGAGUGUUGAUGGCGAUGGGACGCACGAACCGGCCUAGUGUCAUGAUCUAUGGUGGUAGCAUUAAGCCCGGAUGCAGUGCAAAGGGUCAAAAGUUGGAUCUGGUCAGUGCGUUCCAGUCGUACGGGCAGUAUAUCACAGGCCAGAUCGACGAGACAGAGCGAUUCGAUAUCAUUCGCAAUGCGUGCCCCGGCAGAGGUGCCUGUGGUGGCAUGUACACGGCCAAUACGCUGGCGACGGCCAUUGAAACAAUGGGUAUGACAGUGCCCGGGAGCAGUAGUUGUCCGGCAGAUGAUCCCAAGAAGCUGGUCGAAUGUGAAAACAUUGGCGAGGUGGUUAAGAAUAUGCUCAAGGAAGACAUUAAGCCCAGGGAUGUCAUGACACGUCAAGCAUUUGAGAAUGCAAUGAUUGUGGUGAACAUCUUGGGUGGCAGCACAAACGCUGUCCUGCAUCUAAUUGCUAUUGCUGACUCUGUCGGCAUCAAGUUGACUAUCGAUGACUUCCAAGCAGUGUCCGACAAGACGCCAUUCCUGGCUGAUUUGAAGCCAUCUGGAAAGUAUGUUAUGCACGAUUUAUACAAGAUUGGCGGCACACCAGCUAUCCUCAGAUACCUUCUAAAGGAAGGCCUGAUCGACGGCUCAGGAAUCACCAUCACCGGUAAAACAAUGAAGGAGAAUGUAGCCUCGUGGCCCGAUUUCCCUGCUGAUCAGGACAUCAUCCGACCCCUGAGCAACCCCAUCAAACCAUCCGGCCAUCUCCAGAUCCUCCGCGGAUCGCUGGCCCCAGGUGGUUCCGUGGGCAAGAUCACUGGCAAGGAAGGCCUACGGUUCGAGGGCACAGCCAAGUGCUACGACUACGAAGACGCAUUCAUCGAAUCCCUUGAGCGAGGGGAGAUCAAGAAGGGCGAGAAGACGGUCGUUAUCAUCCGGUACGAAGGUCCCAAGGGUGGUCCGGGAAUGCCUGAGAUGCUUAAACCCAGCGCGGCCAUUAUGGGCGCUGGUCUUGGCCAGGACGUCGCGCUGCUCACAGACGGAAGAUUCUCCGGCGGUUCCCAUGGAUUCUUGAUCGGUCAUAUUGUGCCCGAAGCAAUGGAGGGAGGCCCGAUUGCGCUGGCGCGAGACGGUGAUAAGAUCGUGAUUGAUGCUGAGGAAAGAGUGGUUAAUCUGGAGAUCCCGACUGAAGAACUGGAUAAAAGAAGAAAGGAGUGGAAAGCACCUCCACUCAGAUACCAGAAGGGAACUUUGAAGAAGUAUUCCACCCUGGUCAGCGAUGCCAGCCAUGGUUGUGUGACAGAUGGACCCAUCUAGAUAUUCCGCUAGCCAGGAGCCUUGAUAGCGAUACAAGGAAAGCUUUGCUUUUCUUGCUCUUUGUAAUCCAACACCUUUUAUGUCUUAGUAUUUGAAAUUAGAUAUGCAGCCAGAAUAGCCGCUGCUUUUGAGGCUUCUUCUUUAAAAGUCUACAUCAGCCCUUACACUUUGGUUCGCUGUGUCGACGAAUCAAAUCAGUCAGAUCUCAAAACCACCCAGGCAGCGGGCAAGCUAUGCAGUCCUCAUAAACGGGUUAAAUAAUAUUAAUACGAGUAAUGUUC